AUGUCCACCGACGCUUCAAUUCCUACCUAUGCCAAGGUGCAUUCAUUGAAUCAGUGGAUCACCUACUUUCACCCUACGACUGGAAUAUUCAGGUCACCUUCCGACAAAGGAGAAUCCAUCGAACACCUCGAUAUUGACUUGAGAUAUGUCGAACACGAUUAUCACCUUUCUCAAAAUGUCAGAAAUGGUGAAGAGCUCAUUGGCGAUAUCAAUCUACCUAGAGUCGUAGUCUUGACUAUGAGAGGAGGAGAAUACGUCCAAGACGAUGAAAGUAGAAUGGAAUCUUUAGCAGAGGUCUUAGCUGCCAUCAAUCCCGUUGAAGUUCAAUGGGUCAACGCAGCGACUGAUCCUUCUGAGCAAUUAACGUUCGCGACUCACAUCGUUCAUCCUGCCGUCAUUGCAGCUGGUGAACUAUGGUCCAGAAAUGGUUCAUUGCGUAAACUCGUUGUCCAAGGUGGAUUCCCGGUACCCAACUUGACUGCACCAACCCCAUUCUCCCUUACUCCAGCUGCUACACCUUGUCCUUCCCCAGGUCCUACGAGAAGUACUUUUGGAAUUGGAAGUUUGGCAAUGUCCCAUCCUGGUUUCGCGGGUAACUCUCUAUCUUCCGGUUUGCCUGCUUUGAGUACUACCAAGCCCAAGCACGUCGAUGAAGAACGAAUCAAAGCUAGAAUGGAGAGACAAAGACUGGCUGAGUAUUCAUUAAAACCAAGAUUCGAAUAUGCCUUUGGUGGUUGGACCGUUCAAGAACUGAGAUGGAGACUCGAUGGACGAUACACUCCCGCGUGUAAACUAUCCAUUAUCACUCAUCUUUUCCGAGCAUUCGGUAGUUCUUUCCCUUCAUCUUCAAGAAAAUUCGACAUCGAUCUUCCAGAUAUGAUGGUAUUCACUUCUGUUCCAAAAGGUAUCAUCGACAACCUCUCUUCUCUUCCCGAUAAACUCGAACUUGACUCAGAAGUCAAACGAUAUCUUCAAGAUGUCAUGUUCAUUUCGAUUGAUAAAACCCAUUGUUCCGUUGCUCGAAUCUGGGAAGGUGAUAAUGACAUCGAAGAUGAUAGGGAAAGACAAGGUAGAAGAAUCAAAGCCGAGUUGUCAUUAGUUCAAAAUAACCAAACCGAUUUCCAACUUGUUUCCCUUGCUGAACUGACAGCUACCAAACAACCCAUCCUGAAGAUCGAGUCUUCUCCUGCUGUCUCCGAUACUUCAGUGUUACCUGGUGAGACUGAAGCUCCGACCGACGAUGAGAAUGAAGCUAUCACACCUGAGAUCGGAUCUAGUCCACUUGUUGAACCUAGUGAUAUAGUAGCUAGAGAAAACUCAAAAGGUGAAAAGGUUGGUAAUCCUUCUCUCAACGGAUCGAUGAUUUUUUAA